AUGGAGUCCGAAAAAGUCCAAGUCAUCAUCUGCGGCGGCGGUUCCGCUGGCCUCACAGCAGCAAUUUGGCUCGCCCGCUUCAACAUCGACUUCAAGAUCCUCGAGCGUCGCCCAGGCCCCCUCGAGAUCGGCCAAGCAGACGGCGUUCAGUGUCGCACUGUCGAGAUCUUUGAGAACUUGGGUAUUUCUGAGCGUCUUCUGGAAGAGGCGUAUCAUGUCAUGGAGGUAGCCUUUUGGUCACCUGAGGGUAAUGAAGGGCUUGUGCGAAAAGAUCUUGCUUAUGAUACAGAAGAGGGCCUGAGUCACCAACCGCAUGUCAUUCUCAACCAAGCUAGAAUCAAUGAUUUGAUGCUACAAGAGAUCAUCAGGUUGAGGGGGAACGGAACAAGUGGAGUCUUGUACAAUUCUCAGGUUGAGAGUGUGAGGAUUGUUGAUGAUGAGGAGUACCCUGUUGAGGUUGUCACCAUGCGCAAUGGAGAGCCUUACAAGUAUUGUGCAAAAUAUGCCAUUGGCUGCGAUGGCGCUCACAGCACUGUCCGCAAAUCUCUCGGCUUCAAAAUGGUCGGCGACUCAAGCGACUCCGUCUGGGGCGUCAUGGACAUCUACCCCAUCACCAACUUCCCCGACAUCCGCAAAAAGGCCAUGCUUCAGAGCAAAAACGACGGAAACCUCAUGAUCAUUCCUAGAGAAGGCGACGAACUUGUACGGUUCUACAUCGAACUUCCCGGAACCUCGGCUCGCGACGUCACCGAGCAGGACCUCAUCAACAAAGUCAAGCGAAUCUUUCACCCUUUCGAUAUCGACAUCGCCCGAACGGUCUGGUGGUCUGCUUAUGUCAUUGGCCAGCGUCUCGCGGAUCACUUCACCAAGGACCAUCGUAUCUUUCUGACUGGUGAUGCUUGUCACACUCACUCGCCCAAGGCUGGGCAGGGUAUGAACGUUAGUCUGCAGGAUGGCUUCAACAUCGGAUGGAAGAUGGCCCAUGUCCUCACCGGCCGAGCACCACCUUCAGUGCUAGAGACAUAUGUUCUCGAGAGACAGCAGACGGCUCAACAACUCAUCGAGUUCGAUCGCUCGUUCAGCAAGCUAUUCUCAUCCGAACACCGAAAAGCGAAUGGCAUCACAGCAAAGGACUUUCGCGACAAGUUUGUCGAGGCGGGACGAUAUACAGCUGGUAUGGCUACCAAGUACAAGCCUUCCAUUCUUACAUGUUCGGAUGAAGGUGACAACAGUAUUGCGUCGGGAUUGACUGUCGGGAUGAGAUUCCCAAGCGCACCUGUUGUGAGACUAUCUGAUACAAAGCCGAUGCAGUUGAACAAGAACCUUGCUGCAGAUGGACGGUGGCAUGUUCUGACCUUUUGCUCUGGAGAUUUCGCGAGAAAGGGAUUGCAUGAGGUCGCCAGAGAGCUUGGUAACCUCAGCAAGAUGUUCACCCCUGCUGGAGAGCCGUCGGAUAAGGUUUUCAGCCAUACUCUUCUUAUCAAGGGGGAGCGAAAGACUAUCGAGAUCGACCAACUACCGGAAGUAUUCUUCCCUCAUACAAGUCCAUAUAAUCUGCGAAAUGUUCACCGGGUCUUUGUCGAUGAUACAAAUCCAUACAUGCUAGGCUGCGGACAAGCCUUUUCGAAAUAUGGUAUCGACGCGGAACAAGGCGCCAUUGUUGUUGUUCGGCCUGACUUAUAUACUGCACGCGUUCUUAGCCUGUCUAAAGUCACCGGCCUGUUCACGUUCUUCAAAGGUUGUUUGAACAGCAUUGGUUAG